GGAAGUGCCUUGUGUUGGCCCCGGACGCAGCUCUAAGAGCACACUUCCGGUGAGAGAAGAUGGCUGCGUCCGUGGGGAACUCACGUGUGAGUGCGGGGAAAAAGCUGAAAAAGUCCCUAAAGAAGAAGAAGAAGGUGAAAAUGAUAGCCAAAGUCUUGCCGUCGGAGCUGGAAGAGGAGGUCAAAGGUGCUUCCGACAGCGGAGGUUCUGUAGGAAGCUGUGGAUCUGGAAAGGAUCACUUUUCUGAUGAUGAAGCUAUGGAUGCUGACAAUGAGGAUGAUACUGAACCCUGUGACAAAGAAAAUGAAAAUGCUACAGAAUCAGGUGUUGGGACUAACAUGGGCUGGGCAGAUGCUAUGGCUAAAAUCCUUAAUAAGCAAAUUCCUAAGAGUAAACCCACCAUUCUCGUCAAAAAUAAAAAGCUGGAGAAGGAAAAAGAAAAGUUAAAGCAAGAAAGACUUGAGAGAAGAAAACAGCUGGAUAAGAAGCGGGAGUGGGAGAUGCUGUGCAGAGUAAAGCCAGAUGUUGUCAAAGACAAAGAAACAGAGAGAAAUCUUCAGAGAAUUGCGACGAGAGGUGUGGUGCAGUUGUUUAAUGCUGUUCAGAAACAUCAAAAGAAUGUUGAUGAGAAGGUUAAAGAAGCUGGAGGCUCUAUUAGAAAGCGUGCGAAGUUGAUAUCGACUGUUUCUAAGAAAGAUUUCAUCAGUGUCCUCAGAGGAAUGGAUGGACGUGCAAAUGAGAAAAGUUCAGCCGGGAAGAACUCAAAAGCCAAUCAGCCUGAAGCGAAGUCAGAAGAGACUCCAGGUUGGACGAUCCUACGUGAUGAUUUCAUGAUGGGAGCCUCUAUGAAAGACUGGGACAAGGAAAGUGACGGGCCUGAUGACAGCCGACCAGGCUCUGCAAGUGACUGUGACGUGUAAAACAGUGGAGGCAACGCAUUUGGCAGUCGGUGUGUUUUUUCUACAAAGAUACUCCAAUCUCUGACAUCUGGGGAAUUAGAAGAAUACUAUUUGUGAGAAAGCCAAAGGACUUUUACCAGCUUUGAUGUUCCCCCUUUACAUGCAAACUUUGUUAAAGUUCUAUUUUGAACUUUUGUAUACUUUCAGGCAUUGUUCCUCAAACCAUUUGCAACUAGGAAUAUUUCUGCUUACUCAGUAAGAUGCGCAUUGUGCCAGUACUGUCAGAUGUUUACAGAUUGGUCAUGUCCGUGCUGUGCUGUCUCAGUGUCACCAGUGGUCCUGGGCAUGCAGCCCUGCUUCAUAAGUAUAAUGAGCUCUUUGAAG